AUGGCGCGGCGACUGUCUUUUCGGAUGGGCACCAACGCUGCGCCUGGAGGCUGCCAUCUGGUGCGACGCCACCAGAGCUGCGAGCGGCUCCGAAUACCGCCGUUGGUGCAGAUCGGUGUGCGCUCCUACGGUCGCUUCACGUUGAUGCUUUCCACGUUGCGGCCAGAAGCGGCGCCUGUUAUACCCCUGACAGCAGCUGGCUUAACUGGGAUGCCACUUCGUUGCGGUGUUGUUGACUUGCGUGCAUGGGCUGUGGAGUUGUACAGUUGGCCCAACUUUUUCUCCUGCGGCUGCGGCAGGGAGUGUGGCGCCCCUCGUUUAUGA